GAUAUUCGUAAUGUGUUGACGGACGAAAUCCAACCUGGUUUAAAACAUUGGCAAAAAGAACAUUUUCACAAAACGUCGUUACCUCCACAAUCUUUGAAGGAGUCCAAACAAUUUGAACAAGAGUUUGAUCAAGCACAAAAACCGUGGGCAAAGCGUAUGAAAAAAGUGAACCAGUGCAAAAAGGAAUACUAUCAGGCGUGCAAAAUGGAACGAUCACUGCAGGUGCAAGUGCAAAACGCAAAAAAUGAUCCCAAUGGUACUCCAGAACAGCUGAAAAAGAUGCAGGAGAAAUGGAAGAAGGCUGAAAAAGAGGUUGAACGUACUCGAGCUUCCUACACCAGUGCUCUCAGCGGUCUGGAUGCGGACAAUCCGCGUUAUUUGGAAGAGAUGACUGCGGUUUUUUCUCGUACGCAAGAUUUCGAACGUGAACGACUAAUUUUCUUCAAAGACCUGUUUUCCAAUCUGCACCAGGCUCUGAAUGUGACCACGAAAGCGGACUUCACUGCGAUCUAUCGAGACUUGGAAGAGUCGAUCGCUCAGAUGGACAUUGAUGCCGAUUUGAACUGGUGGUCCGCGAAUCACGGUGUUGACAUGCCCGCUGUCCUGCCUCAAUUCGAGGAAUACUCACCUGAACUAACUGCGAUUAGCUCCAAAAAGCGUUCAACUGUAUCCGACACGAACAGUGGAGUUACUUUGACUGGAAUCACACCGGUUAUCUCCUCUCCCGAAGUCAUUACUAAUCGGUCAUCCCAAGCACAACCCGAGACGAAUCCUACCACGACCAGCAACGGUCCAAAUACCACAAUCCAAACUCCGUUCGACGAUGGGCUUUCUGGCUCUCCAACACCGACCACACCAGUUUGUGGACGACCAGAGGACGACGGACAAAUAGCCGCUCCACCCGGCGGCGAUACGGUGGGGCAUGACGAAAUCAGCGAUGCGGACUAUUAUGCAUCAGCAACGUACGACGACGGACGUCCGGGUAUUCCUGUACGAGCACUGUAUGAUUACACGGGACAAGAAGACGACGAAAUUAGUUUUGUGGCCGGGGACCGUUUCGAGAAACUAGAGGAGGCCGAUGAUCAGGGAUGGUGCAAAGGUCGAAAGGACGGUCGUGUUGGACUGUAUCCAGCGAAUUAUGCGGAAGAAAUUGCAUCGGCCCCGUGA